CACCUAGACACAUCGUCAUCGAUCAUCACACGCAAUCGACACAAGAAGUUAAUAAACAGCCCAAGGACGCAGAGAUCAGCUGAUCGAGAAGGACUUGUACUACUACUCAGUAUUGUCGUCACAUGCACAUAUAUGUACAUAAAGAGCUAGCUACCUGAGCUCUACCCAAGGUCGCGUUGAUCGAUCGAUCAUGGCGCGGUUCGUGGACCCGCUGGUGGUGGGGCGGGUGAUCGGCGAGGUGGUGGACCUGUUCGUGCCCUCCGUCUCCAUGACCGUCGCCUAUGGCCCCAAAGACAUCAGCAACGGCUGCCUCCUCAAGCCGUCCGCCACCGCCGCGCCGCCGCUCGUCCGCAUCUCCGGCCGCCGCGACGACCUCUACACGCUGAUCAUGACGGACCCAGAUGCGCCUAGCCCCAGCGACCCGACCAUGAGGGAGUACCUCCACUGGAUAGUGACUAACAUACCAGGAGGAACGGAUGCAAACAAAGGUGAGGAGGUGGUGGAGUACAUGGGCCCGCGGCCGCCGGUCGGAAUCCACCGCUACGUGCUGGUGCUGUUCGAGCAGAAGACGCGUGUGCACGCGGAGGGUCCCGGUGAGCGCGCCAACUUCAACACACGCGCGUUCGCGGCGGCGCACGAGCUCGGCCUCCCCACCGCCGUCGUGUACUUCAACGCGCAGAAAGAGCCGGCCAACCACCGCCGCCGCUAGCUAGUAGCUCCAACAAGGGCGCGCCAGCUGAGCUGCGUGCGUGCAACCCACCACACAGCCGCCGGCGAAGGCUGCCUAUAUGACCGGCGAAUAAAAAGUCUUACUGCACCGUCCGUAAGCGUACUCUCUGUUGGUAUAUGCUUGUCUUCAGGCUCUUGAGUCUAUCUACUUAAAUGUGGUUACCACUGAGUAAUAGAAGCAGUUGGCGCUUCGAUCGAUCAUUCUAAUAUCCGUACGUGUCAAUCAUUCCUGUUUCCAUCAUCUUGCAUUUGAAGACGCAUUGGUUCUACACCAAGGUGU